GAUAAGAGAGAUUAAUCGAAAUAAAUACAAUUUCUAGACAUUUGGCGGCGACAGUUUCCUUUGGGUUUCAGAUUUCGUGAGCUUAUUCUUACCUUUCUCUCGAAGGAAGCUCUCGUCUUUUCACUCAGAUCACGUUCCCUGGGCUUAUUCGCUUGUAUCUGUUGAUUUACAAGAUGGCAUCUGCUACUCUGAGAAGGCGGCUUCAUCACGGGGAUGUAGAUGGGAGGAAGUAUGAACGUUAUGAUGCAACAGACUCUGAAACUUUAAGCGAACCCUUGUUAGGAAGUAGUAGUACUGAGAAUAGUAGAGAUGAGUACAAUGAGGAGCGUACUCUGGAGGAUAUUUGGGAAGAAGAACGGAAAAGACAGCAAGUCCACUGGACGUUGAUCUUUUCUCAGUUGAUUGCACAAUGGGCUCAGUGGAUAGCCAAAAUUGUCUUUGGAUCUGGUUCACUUUUUGGGAGGUUUCUUUCUCUGCCUACAUUUGGUCAAAUAGGUACUGGUGGGAGGCUUUUGCCACCGCCACUUAGUAUGUUGCAGGAAGAAAGGCUGAGAAACAUUAAGCGAAGAAUAGAAAUCCCAUUUGAUGGAUCUCGAAUGGAGCAUCAAGAUGCUCUUAGACAACUAUGGAAGCUAGCUUACCCACAGAGGGAACUACCACCUCUUAAAUCUGAACUCUGGAAGGAAAUGGGUUGGCAAGGAACAGACCCUUCAACAGAUUUUCGAGGUGGAGGGUAUAUAUCACUGGAGAAUCUAAUCUUCUUUGCGAAGACCUAUCCGAAAUCUUUCCAGAGAUUGUUACAUAAACAAGAUGGAACGAGAGCAGAAUGGGAAUAUCCUUUCGCGGUGGCUGGCAUCAAUAUCUCAUUCAUGUUGGCACAAAUGUUAGAUCUUCAAUCAGGUAAACCAUCAACAAUAUCCGGGAUAAGGUUCUUGGCAUUUCUGGAAGAAGACGAAAUGGCAUUCGAUAAUCUCUACUGUAUAGCUUUCCAAAUGAUGGAUGCACAAUGGCUUGCUAAACGAGCUUCUUACAUGGAAUUCAAUGACGUCCUGAAAUCGACGAGAGCACAAUUGGAACGUGAGCUGGCACUGGAUGAUGUUUCAAGCAUCAGAGACUUGCCUGCUUUCAAUCUUUUGUACAAAUAAUUAAUAGAAAUAUUUCAAUCUU